CUUGUUUAUGGUUGAAGUAAUGGCUGCCGUUUUUGCUUGCCGUGUUUUGUGAACGUCAUAGAAAUUUAGCUACCUACCUAUUUAUUUACGUUAUAACCUUAAUUGAUACCCUUGAUUUAUAACAAUCACUUGAAAUUUCGGAGUAUACCUUUGAACACGAAGUGCAAAGAUCGGGUGCAGAACGUAAACAGAUGGUAUACCAUCGCAAGCCUCUGCUACGAUUGUGAGGACUAUGUACGAAAUAAGUUUUUCAUCACAAUAGCGGGCUUACAAAACAUGAGCUCACAGCAAAGUCCAGGAAACAUGCAGUCCGUCGUCGACCGAGAGAAGAUUUACUCGUGGAUAUUGGAGUUGUGCAACCCAGACACACGUGAAAAUGCUCUCCUAGAAUUGAGUAAAAAGAGGGAAGUAGUACCCGAUUUGGCGCCAAUGCUGUGGCACAGCUUCGGUACAAUCGCAGCAUUGCUACAAGAGAUAACCAACAUUUAUGUUGCGAUGAUACCUCCGACGCUUACAGCUCACCAAAGUAAUAGAGUAUGUAAUGCCCUAGCUCUAAUGCAGUGUGUAGCUUCCCACCCGGAGACGAGAUCGGCGUUUCUUCAAGCUCACGUGCCGCUAUUUCUGUACCCUUUCCUGCACACAGUGUCAAAAACGCGCCCCUUUGAAUACCUGCGUCUGACAAGUCUGGGUGUCAUCGGAGCACUAGUUAAGACUGACGAACAGGAAGUAAUAACAUUCUUAUUGACCACAGAAAUCAUUCCAUUGUGCUUACGCAUCAUGGAAAAUGGUUCGGAACUGUCCAAGACAGUUGCCACAUUUAUAUUACAAAAGAUAUUGUUAGAUGAUAGUGGAUUGUGCUAUAUAUGUCAAACUUACGAUAGAUUCUCUCAUGUAGCUAUGAUAUUAGGAAAAAUGGUCUUGUCAUUGGCCAAAGACCCGUCAGCGAGACUCCUCAAACACGUUGUGAGGUGCUACCUCCGUUUAUCAGACAACCCUAGAGCCAGAGAGGCAUUGAGACAGUGUCUUCCCGAUCAACUCCGAGACGCAACAUUCACAGCGUGCCUUCAAGAAGAUACCUCCACCAAGCAUUGGCUAGCUCAACUAAUCAAGAAUCUGGAAGCCCCCACCCAGCCCGCUAGUCCAGGCCAACAUAGUAUGUGAGACAAACAUUACUGUCAAGCACUUUGUUACUUUCUGAAGAAAUAGGAGAGAAAUUUCAAGUACUGACAAAAAGAUAAAUUUUAAUACAGAGCAACUACAUUGUUAAAACAAUUUUUACUCAUAGUUUGUGUAUGAUAAGAAGAGCAAUAAAUGUACUGAACAGUAUGAUUAAGGUGUAAUUAAAGCUAAUAUUUCCUAUUAUGUAUAAUGUAAAGCUUACUUAUGUUUUGGUUGAUGGAUGUUUAAUAUAAAAAGAAAAUGUAUAAGUAUUUGAAUCGAUUUAGCCAAGCUUAAAGUUACAUAUCCUAAAGUAAGUCUGGGAUGUAACAAUUAUGUAAAAUGUCAAAAUUCUCUGUUAG